AUGAAGUUCGCGUCGACCAUCCUCUCCCUACUCUUUCUCGUCACCCUUAGUACCGCACUACCAUCCCCCCAGGCUCGUCUCCGGCGUGAUGGCGACUCAACCUCACCUUCUCCCCAGACACGGACCAUGCAUGGCUCUGGCGGGAACCGCUCGGGUGCCGGAUCAGGCGCGACUGCUACAAGCGCCGAAGCGUCCGUCACGCCCGCGGCUGAUUCCGCCCGCUCCCGCUCAGCGAAGGUCAAUACGCACGGAAGAACUCGCUCUGCGACCUCCGAAGACGCAUCUUCGACGUCGCAGUCGGAGUCUUCCUCCCGGUCCGGCGCUCCUGACUCCACCGCGCAUUCUGGGGCACCCGAAGCUACCUCGACAAGCGUUUCCUCAACUUCGUCUGGCACACCUGAAUCCUCUUCGACAGCUGGAGCGCCCAAACCUUCAUCUACCUCUGGAUCCAACUCUGGCUCCGGUGCUGAAGCAGAUGCUGUCGGUGCAGUCUACUUCACGACUAACGAUCCCAGCGGGAACAAUAUCAUCGUAUCGUCCAUCUCCACAAACGGCAACGUAACGUUCACCCGUGCCGUUUCGACGGGAGGUCAUGGCGAGCACGGCAACGAUGGCGCCUCGCCAGGUCCGGACGCGACGUUCUCGAAUGACCUACUUGUCGUACACGAUGGCAAACGUCUCCUUGCCGCCGCCAACACCGGCGACAGCACUGUCUCGCUUUUCGAAAUCGAUGAGAACGACCCGACGAAGCUCACGAUGCGCGGCGCGCCGGUGGAUUCUCAGGGUGACUACCCUUCAUCGUUAACUUUCAACUCGGCAGGAGAUAAGCUCUGCGUGAUGAACGCCGGUGCUCGCGCUACCAUUCUUUGCUACAACGUGGCGUCUGAGGGCUUGCAGCCCCAGUCCAGCACCUUGCGCAACAUCCCCGGCUAUAACCAGACCGAGGCCGACCCGGUGGGACCGAGCGGUACCGCCAGCGCCAUUGCCUUCACCGAGGACGAGUCGAUCCUUGUAGUAGCCGUUAAAGGACAUGCGCCGCCAAACUCCACGCCUGGAUUCCUCGCUGCGUGGCCCGUGGAGUCGGACGGCGGACUUGCACAAAACCCUACCACGAUCAUGAACACCGGCGGCCAGGGCCUGAGUUUCAGCCUCACGCCUGUACCGGGCAAGAACGCGUUCGUGGCGGCGGACUUUGACAGCACUGUGGACGUAUUCGAUCUCAGUGGCGAUCUGAAGGAUGCCAGUGCAAACCCUGCUACGACAAGUACUUCGAUUCCAGGUAACUUCGUGCUUUGCUGGAGCACCUAUAGCAAGACCGUGGACAGGUAUUACCUGGCUUCGCCGGUCAGUCAGCUUCUCGUAGAGGUUGAGCUGGACGACAAGCUGAAGCCGAGCAUCAUCGGUACUCAUCCUGUCUUGAACGGCGGCGCCAACAUCGAUCUCGUCGCGGCCACAGCCAAUGGAAAAGACUUCAUCUUCAACCUCGUUGGGAGUACACUCGACAUUGCUGUACUUUCAAUAGAUGGACCAGGGCAAACGAGCCUCAUCGGCGCGACUAACUUCGGUAAUGUCCCGGAUGUCACAAUCACAUCCAACUUUGUACAAGGUUUGGCAGUAUACAUCAAGUCGUAA